GAAGUGUCUUGGGUGGGGGAGGGAUGACGAAUCGUCCUUGGACACUAGGCCCGAUUUUUGCAGUGUGUGACCGAUUUUGGUUUUAGGCCGAAUUGGUCUUGUUUGGCUUGAAAUUCAUUUAAAGACGAACACAUAGAAGAAAAUUAUCAAACUGUCAUCACACAGAAUAAUUGCUCAUUUGGAUUUAUUUUUUCAUCUUAUUAGAUCAUACAAACCUCGUUUGUGCAAUAUCAAGAUGAAAAAACAGACUUGUAGAAAAGAUUUCAUAUCAGAUGGCUCUUCCAGUGAUGAUGACAGUCUUCCUGAGCUUGGUAGUCUAAGAGAUAGGUUAGUCAGAAAAAGACAAUUUAGUAAACUGUCAUCUUGUGCCAGUAGUAUUGAGACAGUGCCACAGCCAGCUUACACUGACUUAAAUCAAGAAGAAAAGUUAAAUGGACAACAUAGUGCAUCCAAUAAUUGCGGUAUCAUUCCACAGUCUUGGAAUGAUGUUAAUAUGAACAAUGACAGUGUUAGUCCUGUAGGUGAACUUGAGUAUGAGCCAGUUUCUUGUGUCUCAGGAAAAUCUUUUCAGACAGAGCUAUCUGACAUCACUGACAUUGAAACAGGCCCUAAAAUAAAAACUCAGUCUGAUAAACUUUCAGUAAACAAUAAACAUGUAGAGGUUAGUAAAAGUAAUGAAGUUGAAUCCAAGAAGAAAAGAACAGCUGAAGAAAUACAAGAGAGGAAAAGAAAGGCUCAGGAAAAGAAAGAGGAGAGAGAUAAAUUAAAAGCAGCUAAAGAAUCUGAAAAAGAGAUGAGAAAAGUUGAGAGAGAAUCAAAGAAACAGUUUGCUUUGGGCUCUUGCUUGAAAUACAUGAAAGUACUCAUAGAUACCAACAUAGUAAAUGAAUGUGGACUGGGUAUGGAUUUGUUCAAGGCAUGUAAUGAAUUGGGAGUUACAUGUGAAACCAAGGAGUUACCUGUGCCAUUUACUAUAAUUUGGCUGAGACAGGUCACAGAGUGCAAAUUGUCAGCUGAUAAUAAGUUAGAGACAGCUCAAAUUGAAACUGAAGAACAAGAAAUGCUGGUUGUUAUUCCUGUGACAGACUUUGUACACAUGGUCAACACAUUCAAACAGAAACAGAGAGGUGAUAGUAUAGAAGGUGUUUCAUUCAAAGACCAUAUCGAACAUAUAAGAACUUGUCAGCCUGAUAAAAAUAUCACGAUUGUUGUUCCUGGUCUACAGCAGUACCUCAAAGAGUUGAAAUCCAAGACACAAGCACAUUACCGAGACAAAGUUAAAUCAUCUAAUUCAUGUGACAAAAGUAAACAAGGGAAGGGAAGAUCUGGACUAGUUACAGUGUCUCAAGUGGAUGUGGAGGAAGCAGUCACAUAUUCAUUACUUCAUAAUGGUUGUACUACUGUAAUGCUUGACACAUCAGAGGAUGUAGCCGACAUGGUUAGAAGAUUCUCGAAAGCUGUUGCUGAAAGAGUUGCUAAAAAAGACAGAUUUGAUCCAGUAUUUUCUUUUCUUGAGGAGGGCACAAGUGGAGUAAAGGUUGAAAAGAAUAUGGUUGGUUUAUUGAAAGUGUGGAAACAACAACUUUUACAAUUCAAGAAUAUAAGUCCCGAUAUAGCACAGGCAAUCAUUGCUGAAUACCCUAGUCCAUUACUACUUAGAAAGGCAUAUCAGAAAUGUUCAACAGAAAAAGAAGCUGUCAAACUCCUUGAAAAUAUUGUUGUGAGAAGAGGGGCUGGUGUCUUAGAAACAACAAGACGUGUAGGGAAAGAACUAUCACGAAGAAUUUUCAUCUUCUUUACAAGCGAAGAUGCUGAACUAGUUAUUAAAUGAAUAAUGAAUCAACUAAAUUAACUUCUGAGAUUUUGAGAUUGUGUAAAUGAUAACUAUUUUUAAAUUAACAAAUAAAUUAAUUAAAAAAUAGUAAUGAA